AUGCCGCCACCCGUGGACAUCGUGAAGGUGGCCAUAGAAUGGCCAGGUGCCUACCCGAAGCUCAUGGAGAUCGAUCAGAAAAAGCCACUGUCUGCAAUAAUAAAGGAAGUCUGUGAUGGGUGGUCUCUUGCCAACCAUGAAUAUUUUGCACUGCAGCAUGCUGACAGUUCAAACUUCUACAUCACAGAAAAGAACCGCAAUGAAAUAAAAAAUGGCACUAUCCUUCGAUUAACCACGUCUCCAGCUCAGAAUGCCCAGCAGCUCCAUGAGCGCAUCCAGUCAUCCAGCAUGGACGCCAAGCUGGAGGCCCUGAAGGACUUGGCCAGCCUUUCUCGGGACGUCACAUUUGCUCAGGAGUUUAUCAACCUGGACGGCAUCUCUCUGCUCACCCAGAUGGUGGAGAGCGGCACUGAACGAUACCAGAAGUUGCAGAAGAUUAUGAAGCCUUGCUUUGGGGACAUGCUGUCCUUCACACUGACGGCCUUUGUGGAGCUCAUGGACCAUGGCAUCGUGUCGUGGGAUACGUUUUCAGUGGCAUUCAUUAAGAAGAUAGCAAGUUUUGUGAACAAGUCUGCCAUGGACAUCUCAAUCCUGCAGCGGUCCUUGGCCAUUCUGGAGUCCAUGGUGCUCAACAGCCACGACCUCUACCAGAAGGUGGCGCAGGAGAUCACUAUUGGCCAGCUCAUCCCUCACCUGCAAGGCACAGAUCAAGAAAUCCAAACCUACACCAUUGCUGUCAUUAACGCGCUUUUCCUGAAGGCCCCAGAUGAGAGGAGGCAGGUUGAUGUAGAGAGCAAUGUUGACAUCCUUGAUUGUCCUCUGACUGAGAUGGCGAAUAUUUUGGCACAGAAGCAGCUCCGUUCCAUCAUUUUAACACAUGUCAUCCGAGCGCAGCGGGCCAUCAAUAACGAGAUGGCACAUCAGCUCUAUGUUCUGCAAGUGCUCACCUUCAACCUCCUGGAAGACAGAAUGAUGACCAAGAUGGACCCGCAGGACCAGGCUCAGAGGGACAUCAUAUUUGAACUUCGAAGAAUUGCUUUUGAUGCGGAGUCUGAACCGAGUAACAGCAGCGGGAGCGUGGAGAAACGCAAGUCCAUGUACACGCGGGAUUAUAAGAAGCUUGGCUUCAUUAAUCAUGUCAACCCUGCCAUGGACUUCACCCAGACCCCUCCUGGAAUGUUGGCUCUGGACAACAUGCUGUACUUUGCCAAGCACCACCAGGAUGCCUACAUCCGGAUUGUACUGGAGAACAGUAGCCGAGAAGACAAGCAUGAAUGUCCCUUUGGCCGCAGCAGCAUAGAGCUGACCAAGAUGCUGUGUGAAAUCCUGAAAGUGGGCGAGCUGCCCAGUGAGACCUGCAAUGACUUCCACCCGAUGUUCUUCACUCAUGACAGAUCCUUCGAGGAAUUUUUCUGCAUCUCCAUCCAACUCCUGAACAAGACCUGGAAGGAGAUGAGGGCCACUUCGGAAGACUUCAACAAGGUCAUCCAGGUGGUGAGGGAGCAGGUUAUGAGGGCGCUGACAACCAAGCCUAGCUCCCUGGACCAGUUCAAGAGCAAACUACAGAACCUGAGCUACACUGAGAUCCUGAAAAUCCGCCAGUCUGAGAGGAUGAAUCAGGAAGAUUUCCAGUCUCGCCCGAUUUUGGAACUGAAGGAGAAGAUCCAGCCAGAGAUCUUGGAGUUGAUCAAACAACAACGCCUGAAUCGUCUUGUGGAAGGGACCUGCUUUCGGAAACUCAAUGCCAGGCGGAGGCAAGAUAAGUUUUGGUAUUGUCGACUUUCACCAAAUCACAAGGUCCUGCAUUAUGGAGACUUGGAAGAAAGCCCUCAGGGUGAGGUGCCCCACGAUUCCCUGCAGGACAAACUGCCAGUGGCAGAUAUCAAAGCUGUGGUGACGGGAAAGGACUGCCCUCAUAUGAAAGAGAAAGGUGCCCUUAAACAAAACAAGGAGGUGCUUGAACUUGCUUUCUCAAUCUUGUAUGACUCCAACUGCCAGUUGAACUUCAUUGCUCCUGACAAGCACGAGUACUGUAUCUGGACCGAUGGACUGAAUGCACUACUCGGGAAAGACAUGAUGAGCGACCUCACACGAAAUGACCUGGACACCUUGCUCAGCAUGGAAAUCAAGCUCCGCCUCCUGGACCUGGAAAACAUCCAGAUCCCUGAUGCACCCCCACCGAUCCCCAAGGAGCCCAGCAACUACGACUUCGUCUAUGACUGUAACUGAGGUGGCUGGGCUCAGACACGCCCCUCCCGCCCCAAACUAGAAAAAUCUAGUUAACAGGAGAGAGGACUGGAAGUGUGGGCACACCCUGGAAUUUUCUUUGAUGAAGGGAAACUGCAAGUCAGUCCUUCCUCUGGUGUCCCUUGGCGUUUGCAGCCCUGUCCUGGCACUUUGCUCAUCUCCUUGAAUCUGAUUUUAGACUCACUGCUUUAGAUCACUUCCCAUUGCUGCAGAUCACUGGUAGGACAAGAGCAAAAGCCACGCUAAUAAGAGAGCCAAGGGCCCUUCUGUCCCAAUCCCUGGCUGGAAUGUCCUUCCUUCCUGGAAGAGGAAAGCCAGCAGCCCUAGGCUAGCCCUAGAUAUGCCCACCAGACCAAGAAGAAUGGCCCCCACCUGGGUCUGGAAGAAAUGGCGCAGCUACUCGAUGAGAAGACCAAACACCACACCCCCUUUCCCUGCUCUAGGACCACCUCAUACUACCAGUUCUAUCCGAGAUCAGAUCUGCGUCCAGAUCUCCCUCCCUCUCCUUGCCUUGGUCUUACCCUGGUCUCCUCUGCAGUCCCCAAAGCAGCAGCAGCAGCAGCAGCAGCAGCAGCAGCAACCUCAUCAUAGUCCUCACGGGCACUGGGUCUCCCAGAUGGUCCGCAGAGCCCACGUCCUCUCUGUGUGUGCACUGUGACAGUGCCUGACCUCCCCUCCGUACCGGUCUAGGGCUUCCUGUCCCUGCCCCGGCCUGGAUCUGCCUUCUUCAUGCCACACCUGCUCCCAGCCUCUUAGCUGAAAGCACAAAUGCAGUCAGUAGUCACACUCCAUCCCUAAUAGACUAAGCCUAAAAGCCUCUGUGAUGGGCUGUCACUGUCCAAGAGCUGGGUGUCACCUCCUCCUGGGGGCCCAGGUUCCAUGGGAUGGUCACGCUCUCAGACAUCCUAGUUUACAUCGUUGUAAUUAUUAUAGGUAUUUGCAAUUUGCAAGGGUUUUGGGUUUGUUUUUUUUUUUUUUUUUGCUUUGUUUUUGUACAAAAGAGUCUAACAUUUUUUGCCAAACAGAUAUAUAUUUAAUGAAAAGAAUAGAUACAUAAAUGUGUGUAAUUUCCAGGUUUUUUUAAUUAUUUUAAUCCCAAACAUCUCCCUGAGAAUAACAUUCCC